AUGAGCACAGAAAAUGACACAGAAGUCAUAGUCAUAGUCAACGAUGGAGCCGCUCCAAAUGACACAGAAAAUGCGUCCGCUCCAAAUGACACAGAAAAUGCGUCCAUUCCAUUAGAAACUUCAAUAAGAGAGAAGCUGCAAAAGUUGCCUCCUCUGUCUCCGUCAUGUUUUAUAUACAGAGUUCCAGAGAGGUUUUGGCUUCGAAAUAAUCCAAAAAUCUACACACCUGAAGUAGUCUCUAUAGGUCCAUUACACCAUGGCAGGGAAACAUUACAAGACAUGGAAGAGCACAAAUACAGGUACCUACAACAAUUUCUAGAUCGCACCGAGGAAAACUUUUUAGAGUGUUAUAUACAAAAAAUAAGGGACCAAGAAGCAGAUCUGCGUAGUUAUUAUGCAGAAAAUAUAAAAUUUUGCAGUGAUGACUUCGUAACUAUCAUGCUUGUGGAUGCUGCAUUCAUCAUUGAGCUCUUUUUGAACUACUAUUUCAACAUAGAUGAUAGCACAGACCGGAUAAUGAGCGCACCAUUUCUGAUAAAUGACAUCAGUUCUGAUUUGCUUUUGCUUGAAAAUCAACUUCCAUUUUUCAUUCUUGAGGAUCUUUUCGGUCUUGAAGAAGUUAACAGAAAUUCAAAUUCUGGUGUGAAUGGGGAGGUGUCAUUUAUUCAACUUUUUUGCAAAUUCUUUGAACAAGAAUUAGGCGCAGUUGGAGCGGACUGCAAUUUGGAGACGGUAAAUUUUUCUGAAGUAGAAGGAGCACAUUUUCUUGAUAUUAUAAGAAACUUAUGUAUGCCACGGCAACCUCUAGUUCGAUGCACACGCAACGAGGGCACCCCUAUAGCACCAAGCAUCACAGAGCUACACCAAGCUGGAGUCAAGUUUGAAGUGGGAUCAACCAGACACUUAUUUGGCAUACGAUUUAAUAAUGGAAUUCUGCAAAUCCCAAAAAUUGAAAUUUCUGCUUGUAUGGCGGAUACAUUGAGAAAUAUUGCUGUGUUUGAACAAUGUCAUUACUUGAAUAGCAGGAUAACUGAUUAUCUUGACCUCAUGAAUUGUUUUGUGAACACUGCCAAGGAUGUGGAGUUGCUUGCCGAGUACGGAAUUGUUACAAAUUAUUUAGCUGACAACAGUGAGGCGUGUUCUCUGAUUAAUAACCUUGGCAAGGGGUUUAGAUGGGAUCCCAAAGACUUCUGCUUCACUCCUCUAUAUGAAGACCUACACAGGCACUGUAAAAAGCCCUGGAACAAAUGGAAGGCAAAUUUGAGGCAAAAUUACUUGAACACGCCAUGGGCAGUUGUUUCUGUUGUUGCAGCUGUUUUUCUAAUCAUACUUACUCUCACACAAACGGUGUGUGCUCUUAUCUCUCUCUGA